AUGGUCUCAGAGCCACAGCCCGAGGUGGACUAUGCCUCGUCAUUAGAAAAAGGAGUGUACGACGGUGACGGUGGGAGAAAACUCAAGGUUGUCGGUUGGUACGGCGAGUCAGAUCCAGCAAACCCCAUCAACUGGCCCAAGUGGAAGAAAGCCCUUGUCGUCUUGACCAUCAACUUUACCGCAUUCGUCGUCUACAUGGCAUCGGCCAUCUACACCCCCUCACAACCAGGCGUUCAGAGCGAGUUUGGCGUGUCAGCCACAGCAUCAAGCCUGGGGCUUGGUCUCUUUGUCGUGGGCUACGGCACCGGGUCUCUGUUCUGGUCUCCCGUGUCGGAAAUCCCAGCCGUUGGGAGGAACGGCCCUUAUGCUCUUACGCUGGCGAUCUUCUUGAUCCUGUCUGUUCCAACAGCUCUCUCCAACAGCUUUGGAAUGCUUCUUGCUUUUCGAUUUCUGCAAGGCUUCUUUGGGUCUCCAAUCUUAUCCACCGGCGGCGCUUCGCUGGGCGACAUCGCGGACCCAUACACAAAGCCCUACUCACUGUACACUUGGGCCAUUUCAUCCUUUGCAGGCCCAUCUGUUGGCACCAUCAUGGCGGGCUUUACGGUUCCCCGACUAGGCUGGCGAUGGGGCUUAUGGGAGAUUCUGAUCGUUGUGAGCCCGGCUCUGGCUCUUCUGUUAUUCCUCCCCGAAACUUCAGCACCUACGAUUCUAUACCGUAGAGCAAAGUUGAUACGCCAGCUCACGGGAAGUGACUCGUACGUAGCGAGGUCCGAGAUUGAAUCCAGCCAUGUCACACUUAUGACCUGGUUCUAUGGGUAUCUUGUCAUCCCUUGGAAGAUCAAUCUUCUGGAUCCGUCCAUCAUGUUCACGAGCGUGUAUUCCGGCCUCACUUACGCCAUCUUUCUCUCCAUGUUUGAGUUCUUCCCCAUGGUGUAUGGAGAUAUCUACGGCAUGGCCCCGGGUGAGAUUGGUCUGGUUCUCAUCUGCAACAUUGUCGCAACUAUCGUUGCUGGUGUCCCAUAUCUUGCCUUUGUCUACUACAAAGUCAAUCCGUCGGUGAAGCAAGGGCGGCCGAUGUCACCGGAACGCCGGCUUCUCCCUGCGGUAAUCGGUUCUCUCCUGGUUCCGGGCGGCAUAUUUAUGUUCGGAUGGACCUCUAGGCCAACAAUUCAUUGGAUUGUGCCAACGAUUGGCGCACUCCUCUCCUCGGCUGGCUUUAUCGUCAUCAUACAAAGCAUCUUUGUGUAUGUCACCCUCGCGUAUCCCACGUACGCUGCCUCACUUUUUGCCGGCAAUGGCUUCAUCAAGGGGUUAGUUGCCUGUGGUGGCAUUCUUUGGUCACAUCCGCUAUACCAGGGGCUUGGCCUGUCCAAAGGCAUGUCGGUCCUUGGGGCCCUCUGUGCGGCUUGUAUUGCUGGCACUCUUAUCCUGUACACGUGGGGCCAUAAGCUCAGGGAAAGGAGCAGAUUUGCAGCUUAG